CAUGCCAUUCACUUUCUCCGUUCUUGCACCUCGUCCGGCCGACUCUUCACAGCACCAGAAUGGGGUACAGCUUACAUGCCGAACUUUUCGGCUCGUACGCUGUUGGCCUCAUGGUAAUUGCUUUGCGACUCUUCGUGCGUUGGUCGUCAGGAUCUCAGAGUUUCUACUGGGACGACCUCUGUCUGGGGUCCGUUGUGAUUUGGUGGACAAUGCACACGGUUUUCCUCUACCUUUUAGAUGACACCGGCUCCAACAUUGGUCUCAAUGAGAAGUCGGCGAUGGAAGUCCCAGAUAGCGAGGUACACAAACUUCAACAAGGCGGUAUAUAUGCCUUCGUCGCUUGGAUUUCGUACAUCUGUCUGGUGUGGUCAUUCAAGGGCGUCCUUAUGUUUCUUUAUAACCGAAUCACAACUGGUUUAUGGCAGCAUCGCAUGACCAUGAUUAUGGGUGGCUUUUGCGUGUGUACAUUCUUGGCUUCUCUAGUUUUCGAUCUUGCUGUAUGUUAUCCAAUCCAAAAGAAUUGGCAAGUCAAACCGUAUGCAGGGGAAAACUGUACAGUCAGGCCACUGAACUAUCUCGUGAUUGAGGUCUUGAACAUUGUAACUGACUUGGGCGUCAUGUGUGUCCCAUUACCACUCAUCAUUGCGGCCAAAAUCCCACCGUUCCAGAAAUUUGUCUUGGCUCUCUUAUUCUCGUCCGGAAUCUUCGUCAUGAUCGCCGCUGUUCUUCGUACGUACUACUCGAUUUCGAACAUCAACAAGCUCUCCGUUGCUCUGGGCUGGGCAUCCCGUGAAGCCCUGGUCUCCGUCUUCGUUGUCUGCGCUCCGGGUAUAAAGCCGCUCUUUGCAAGAUUCAAGUGGUUCCAGUCAUUCAAAUCCUCGUCCAAUGGUUAUAGCAGUAACCAGCGCACUGGGCGCAGUGGCAUGUUUCAUUCCAAGUCUGGACAUUUCACAGCUAUUAACAGUACCAAGGAUGAGGGCAAGCAUCCAUAUGAGCUCGAUAUAAUAAAUAGGAAUAAGGACAAGCAUGACGACUCAUCGAACGAGAGUCAGGAGCGAAUUAUUGAGUCAGGAGGAGAUGCCAAUAGCCCACCCAGAGAUCAUGCGGGUAUUGUGGUCACAACCGAGUAUACCUUGGCGCAUGACGAUAGGAGAUCAGUGACAUAAUCAUUAAGUUGGUCUCUAUAGCCCCUUUGCUUUCCUCGAGAGUGAUGUACUAUUUUUCUAUAUGAUAGAACCGAGAACGGUAAUAGAGUUGACAAGAGUUGUAAUGUCAG